AUGGGUUUGCCUCAAGUUUCCUCUAGUGGUGUUGCCAAGGAAGUUGCCGCAUCGCUGUGCACAUUUGUGAAGACCCCACACAGGAUUGUCAGUGUGAACAACUGUGAUUUAAUAAGGAUGCAUGGAGAGAAUCUAGGAAAUCAAAUUCAGGUGGAUUUGCCACGCUCUUCUUUCGGAGAUUUGCGCGUAAAAACCACUGGGGAGCAUACAAAGGAUCCCAAGAAUGAGUCGGUGUUGUAUUCACCGAUUGGCAUGCUCAACGGAGUCAAAACUUCAUCCACUGUUGUCCGUAUCACCAGUAAUUCAGCCGAGUCCAAUGGUUCAGUUGCAAGGAAUCGUCUAUUGUCUCCUUCGAGUGGAUUGCUCAGCCCCAGUCGAUUUAAUGGUGAUGCUCUCGAUAUCGGUGGUGGUAUAAGCCAAAGUUGUUUCGUCAGUGGAAUUAAUACCUGCCGAUGGAAGAAUUCACUUCUAGAUAAUUCUCGAGCAAACUCAAUAGUCCUCUCCGAUGAUCCUCUACUAAAGAAUAAGGGGCUGCAAUCUGACAGUCACUUUGUGUCUACAUCUCGAGCGCUAAGUUAUUCUGGAGAAACGAAUAAAAGAAGGCACCAGACACCAGCUAUCACAAUACCUUUUAAGAAGACAGCCUCACCUCCCUUAUCUUUGUCUCCUCUUGGUCCGAAAUCUAGUGAAAGAACAAAAUUUGUUGAAAGAUGCAAGGAUAUGAUGGAAAAGUUAGACGAUCAUAAGAUGCUCAAGGAUAUGGAACAGUAUCUGUUCGGAUGGAUGAAGAUUUUAGGUUGUAUUAAUUGGGGCUUGAAUCACGCUCGUAAAAGCGAUAAAUUUGUCAGAAGUCUUAGUGGACCAUCUGCCAGAAGGUCCUUGGUUGGUUCAUUCAAGGAGUCCCUUUUUUCUGGCCGGCUGUUAUAUGGAAAAGCUAGUCAGAGAAUUGAUGGUUUCCUUGCUAUUCUCAGUAUACCGGGUGGGAAUUUCUCUCUGGAAUCAAAGAAACUUCCAUUUGCAGUAACUAGUGUCGAUGGAGAUAACUACUUGCUCUAUUAUUCAUCAAUAGAUCUUGCCAGGCAUGCCUCAACAAACAAGUCUAAAGGCCUAAAAACGAAAUGGAGUCUGAGCAUUGUAGAUUCACAAGAUGAAAAGAGUCGCCUUCGUGUACCUAUGAAGGGGCGGAUACAAUUGGUACUAAGCAAUCCGGAAAAGACUCCGAUUCACACUUUCCUUUGUAACUAUGAUCUAACUGACAAGCCCGCCGGUACAAAGACAUUUAUGCGCCAAAGGAUUACUUUGGCUCCCGCUACCGCAACACACACACCAGUAAAAGAAAACCGUAAAAGCUCCGAGACAAAAAUGGAUUCGAUUAGUGGAAUAUUACGUACUUCUGGAUAUCCUGAUCAGGAUAUGGAAGAUACAGAGAGUGAAACUGUUGAAUGUUCUGGGGACUUGGAUAGUCCAUCGAACGAUAGCAAUGUAAAUUUAAACAAACUUGUACAUAGCUCAUCAAGAGUGAAUGAGAGUAUUAUGGGUGCCGGUGUUCUGCACUACGCUCUUCAUCUCCGUUUUUUAUGCUCUUCCACCAAGAAAUGUUCAAAGUCCUUCCGAAGGUGCAAAUCCGAUCCUCUGUCUGUACCAGCAGAGAACAUGAACAUCGAAGGGGAGUGACGCCUCUACUUGUACAAUAAUAUGAGAGUGGUUUUCCCACAACGCCAUUCGGAUGCCGAUGAGGGUCAGCCACAUGUGGAGUACGAUUUCCCAUCGAAUCCGAAAUACUUCGACAUCAGCAGCUAAAAAAUGCCUGCAUAAGGUUCAUUUCUCUUCCCAGAAAUUGCCUGUUCAUAAUUCCUGUACAUGUAUGUGAACGUAGUCUCUUUCAUUUAACCACAAAUGGAGGCAAAAUGCCAAUUAAUGUGUACAUAAUGAUUCAAUAAUGAGAAACUUUUAUUUAU